AGUAGGAUACAGUGUGUGGUUCACUUCCCUAAAUCCUGCUUAGUUACCAAAAACAUUUACUGAAAAAGAAGCACUGUGCACGCUUCUGUUCUUUCUGUGACUAUAACUGGUUGAAUAUGGCCACUCUUCUGGCUCGACUGUUCCUUUUUACCUGGCUAAUCCUGCCUUUCUGUGCGACCGAAAAAGCGAGACAGAGAGAGAGAGCUCUUCGCCAGAGGGAUGCUGAUUAUAUUGAAAGAUGCACUGGAAGAGAUAUGGGAAGCCAGAAUUGUACCAGAAACAGAACUGAAGCCUCACAGCCUUUUCAUUAUAAUGGCUGCAUGCAGGGCCCAGCUGGCACCCCUGGUAGAGACGGGAACCCUGGAACGAACGGCAUCCCUGGCACACCAGGCUUCCCUGGUCGUGAUGGUCUGAAAGGGGAGAAGGGGGAGUGCGUGAGGGAGAGCUUUGAGGAGCCAUGGAAACCAAAUUUCAAGCAGUGUGCAUGGAAAUCCCUUAACUAUGGUAUUGACCUUGGCAAAAUCGCAGAAUGUACUUUCACAAAGAUGCGCACUGACAGCGCUCUGAGGGUAGUCUUUAGUGGCUCUCUCAGACUCAAAUGUAAAAAUGCCUGCUGCCAGCGCUGGUACUUCACAUUUAAUGGGGCAGAGUGCACAGGACCACUGCCGAUUGAAGCCAUUAUCUACCUGGACCAAGGCAGCCCCGAGUUUAACUCCACUAUAAACAUACACAGGACCUCUUCAGUGGAAGGGCUGUGCGAAGGGAUCCAUGCCGGUCUGGUGGACGUUGCUGUGUGGGUUGGUAUUUGUCCAGACUAUCCUCGCGGAGAUGCUUCCACUGGCUGGAAUUCUGUGUCUAGAGUCAUCAUUGAAGAACUCUCCAAGUGAACUACCUGCUUUCAGCAGCUUCCAGACACAGUUUUCUUAACAAGGACAUCUCUUUUUAUUCAUGUUUUAAUGUUGCCCCGUGCAAUAUGAAUCUUGUCUGGUAAAGGGAUCACUGAAUUUAGCCUCAAUAUUUUAUUCUUUGUAUGCCUAUUAAUUAAAUGAAACAUUUACCUUA